GGGAGAGGCGUGUCAGAUUCCAAGAGAGGAGAGAGAGAGAGAGAGAGAGAGAGGGAUAGAGGGGCGCUGUGUUAUAUUGCAAAGCCUUUGCAAAGAUGGGGGACGACAAGCCUUUUGUGUGCAGUGCUCCUGGCUGUGGGCAGAGGUUUACUAAUGAGGAUCACCUGGCUGUCCAUAAACACAAACAUGAAAUGACGCUGAAGUUUGGACCGGCUAGAACUGACUCAGUCAUCAUUGCAGACCAGACGCCGACUCCCACUCGUUUCCUGAAAAACUGUGAAGAGGUGGGCUUGUUCAAUGAGCUGGCCAGCUCGUUCGAGCAGGAGUUCCCUAAGGCCCAGGAAGAUGAGGACAAGAAGGCCAAGAAUCCGUUGCCUGCUCCUAAUUCAGGAGCGCUUGACAUGAGUUUGCAGACGCCUUCAGACGUUAAGGUGAAGGAGGAGGACCCUGUGGAGGUGGACUCUUCUCCGCCUGCCAGCCCUGACUCCAUCUCCAGCAUGUCAGACAGCAGCAGAGAGCCUGUAAGCAGAGGAAAGGAUUCUCCUCCAAAGCAUGCCAUCAGUUCGGCUCCCACCCCUGCCAUAGUGCGUCCUGGCUCCCUCCCGCUGCACCUGGGUUAUGACGGCCUGCAGCCCACCAUGCCCUCCCCUACCUCCGUCAUCACGCACACCCCACCAUCCAACCGUACGCUGGGAUCUCCCACAGUGCCGUACCCAAUGAUGAUGCUCCCCAACGGUCAAACAGUUCCUGUGCUUCCAGGUCCUAUGCAGAUGCCCUCUGUAAUAUCUCUGGCAAGGCCCCUGUGCAUGGUGCCCAACAUUCCAGGAAUUCCCGGCCCUCCACUAGGAGGCAGCAGCAGCGGCUCGUCUUCACCCUCAGGCUAUAACCCCCACAAUGAGGCAAAGAUGAGGUUGAAGGCAGCAUUAUCUCAGCAGAUGCCCACAGCUCAGGGUUGUCUUGGUGUGGCGAUGGGGUCCAGUGCGAUGGUCCCUCAGAGAGCGGAGCAAAGCCAGCUGCUGGUCCAGCAUCCAGACGCCCCGUCCCCUGCUCAGCCGCAGGUGUCACCCGCUCAGCCCACCGGAGGUCGCAGGCGGAGGACGGCUGAUGACGACCCCGAUGAGAGGAGGCAGCGCUUCUUGGAGCGGAACCGGGCAGCAGCUUCUCGUUGCAGACAGAAGCGCAAGAUAUGGGUCAGCUCUCUGGAGAAGAAGGCCGAAGAACUCACCUCCAUCAACGUCUCGCUGUCGAACGAGGUGUCUCACCUGCGAAACGAAGUUGCUCAUCUGAAGCAGUUGCUGUUAGCCCAUAAAGACUGUCCCGUCACCAACCUCCAAAAGAAAGCCGUCUACUUGGGCGAGGAGCACAUGAAAGAGUCGUCUGAGCCCACGGGCUCCCCGGCACCGGUCAUUCAGCACAGCUCUCUGGCCCCCAGCCCCUCGUCCGCGGUAGGCCCCAACGGCCUGAACUCCCGUGCCGCGGCAGAGGCGGUGGCCAUGUCGGUGCUGGCGGGGAUGGGCAGCCAGAGAGGGGAGAGCGGUGGGCCGUCACACGUCAUUAUGGCCACACAGUCCCACCCAUCCAGCAGAUGAUGAGAGCAGGUAAACAGUCUGCCUGGGACUCUCCGCAUCCCAGGAGAGGGGGGCAGAUCUGUGAGAGGAGAGCGCCGGUUCCCUCUCACGCCAUCACGCUCUGGCCUGGAGCUCAGCUGCAUUCUGGGAAUGAAACUGGGACUAUGUACACAUAUAGAGAAAGACAGAAGGAGAUUGUCGUUCACUAUGCCAUAGACUACGGGGGCUGGACUCCAAACCACGCUCUCAUUUGCAUCCUCUGUAACUCCUGCUCUUUCCUUCAACUUCCUCCUGCUCCUCCACUGGCUGUAGGACUGCAAAGCACUUCCUGUCAUCAAACGUAUCCCCACAGACACACGCUGCAAUACAGACAUCGUUUGAACGGUGACUGCGCACUCUGUGCAUGUCACACAUGCAGGCUGCGUCUCAGAGUUGCAACGAUGCAAUACUUUAUAUAUUCAUAUAUAUAUAUAUAUGUGUGUGUAUCAGUAAGUGUGUGCUUGAGAGAAACAUGAUGCUUUAAUGUUCUGUAGGAUCUUCUAUAGGAGGUUUUUAGUUUUCAGGUGGUCAACCCCUCUCAUCUGACCCUCGCUCAUCUUACCUCAUUUUUAACCUGUUAUAUACGUUUAUAAUCGUCGUGUGCAUGUGUGCUUCUCGUGUGGGUGUACAGUGAUGUACAAUGGAAAAUAGCAGUUUGUGAAGGACUGAUACACUAAGACUGCCUUGUUAGCAUGCAAACUUUUUUGGCUAUAUAUAAACUGUAUUGUAUUGAAACAUUGCGCUCAGUUCGGGCUAUGGAACCUCAUAGUUUGGUCCUAUCAUUGUUUUCUUGUGUACGACAAACUCAGAAACGACAAACAGCAUACUGUCCGAGGUCAUUACGUAUGAUCCUUUUUACACCCGAACCCUUGCCUUGAAAAAUCAAUAUAUUUACUGUUUUAAACUAUGCCAUUUUCUUUCCCUGUGAUCACAGUGUUUUAAAUGCAGCUUUAGAUUGAGUUAUUUUGGCCAUUGCGAGUUCUCCUAAAGUAGUCUGUUUUUUUUUUUUUGCCCUGUCUUUUUUUAAUUUUUUUAUUAGUGAUUGUCUAUCCCUGCUGCUGUGUUCAUAUGGAAACCCAUUUCUGCUACAUAAGAGGGAAAAACAUAAUUAGAUAAAAUGUUAUCUAAUAUUAUUCUUAUUAGAUAGCAAAGUAAUUAUGAGAUAAAAACAUCAAGAGUAUGAUGUACUAAGUAUGACGUGCAUAAUUGUCAAAUAAAAAGUAGAAAAUACAACAUAAAUGUCAUGAUAAUGGUGUGAAAAGUCAUAACAUAGAUGGUCAAAAUUGUGCCAUAAAAAUUAAAAUUAUGAAAAAAUACAUUUUGAAAUUGAGAUUUGUUUUCUUUUAUUCCAUAAUAAUGACUUUAGUAAUUCAUUCAAGUAAAAAUUGACCCCCAAAAAGGAUAAAACGUCAUAAUUAUAUCGGUAAUCAUGUAUAUAUAUUUUUUUUUACAUGUUGCAGAAAUUGGCUUCUAUUGUACUCAAUAUCCAGAAAUACAGCCCUAGUGCCUCCCGUUCAGUCCUCUUCACGAUUGUUAAAGUUGAUAUCUUGUAACACUAUUUGUUUCUCUGGUUGCUUAUCAACUCAUGAACGUGCACGAUCCCUUAUAAACAGUUAGAAGAGAUGAGGAUUCUGCCUUAUUAAUCACACGAGUGCCUCUUUUUUGGUCAACCUCAUGCCGUGUCGCCGAGCCGACUGGUCACCUGGCAUAUUCAGGCAUCUGUACCAUCAGUUAUGCCUUUAAUAACAGCCAGAGAGCACUGCCCUUAAUUGUACGCAUAAUCUAUACUGCCACCUGGAUGUAAUAGGGUGCUAUUACAUGUAACUAGAACGGCUGCAGGGAACAAAGAGUGUCCAAUUCUACUGUUGUUUGAAUGCUGAGAAGUUUAUCCCAAGCACAUGGACUUUUUACGCCAUAUCAGACACUUUAAAAAAACAUAAGGCAGCAUAUAAACAAGGGACUAAGAUGUACUGUUGUUGCUCAAUGUAACUUGAACUUUCAUUUUCUGAUGUUAUUUGCAGUGCGUAAUGCUGCAUUAAUGCAGUGUCAGUCCAAAAUUCACAUAGGCCUGUCCAAAUGCACUAACUAACAUUUUGGGUUCGUUUUUUUUCCAGUUUGGUGUCUCGGAGAUUGUCAGCUACUCUUUCAAAUAGCGUAUCACGGUUACCACUUAACCCAUAUCUCACAAAUAACUCCUGGUUUGAGUGUUGACCCUGGCUUUUCUGUUAUAUUAUUUGCUGGCACUGUAGUCAUUCAGCCAAACCCGUAUAGAGGAUUGUUGAUCUGAAAUGAGCAGAAUAGAGAAUUUUUAGCUCAACUGGCACUUUUUCCAAGAUUUCAUUUUUUUAUUGUGCGCUGCCAGGAUUAUAGAAAUGACCUAUUAUAAUAAAUCUUGUGUGUGUGUGUGUGUGUGUGUGUGUGUGCGUUGUAAGACUGAAAAGUAAAUUUUUUUUUUUUUAUAGACUUUCUUUUUUCGUUCUAUUUUUGUUGUUUUAACACUUUGUACUCAAAUAUUUGUAGGUAUUUUUAUUUGUGUAGAUUAAUAAGAAUGCCUGUUCGAUUGCCCCCAUUUUGACUGAUAAUCACUUUAAAGUUGUAACAGAUAUCCGAUGGAAUUAAUGAUCCAUAAUUCCAGCAUGAUGCACAAUUAAUUUAUUAUGGAAUUAGUUAACGCAAGGCAAAUUCAAUGCAGUUCCCCUGAGAUAGAUCGAACCAAACAAGUCAUUUUUGAAUAGGAUGAUCUUAGGCUAAAGAAAAAGGAUAUUGUAUAAAAUGUUUUAAGUGUAUGUCUUUUAUGGGAAAUAACCUCACUCCAAGUUGGACUGAUAGUUUUUGGAAUUGUCCUUGUUAUGUACAUAUGUGUACCAUAUAUAUUUACUAUUUUUCAUGCAUGUUGAAGUGAAAUACUCUGAACACAGUGCUGCGGUUUUGAUUAAACAAAAAAACAAAA